AUGGCUUCUCACCAGCACCCCCAUGGUCCCCAUGGUGCCUUCCAUAACAGGAAGUUCAGCAUCAACCGCAACACUGGAACCCCCAGACCUGCCCGUCGCUUCUCCAUUGGAGAACCGAGCUCUACUGAGGCGUCCAGUAAGAUUCACAGAAAGUUCAGAGCAGCUCAUGAGGGACAUCUUCCUCAUGCUGGCCUGGAUGCCACUCGAUCCUCCACCGGAGUCAUCUGGUGCUCCGAGCAAGCCGGCGAGCAUGGUUUCUUUGAGGAGCCCGAGAAGUGGGCAAACCUUGGACAGGGCGCCCCUGAAGUCGACGACGAGAUCGAGGGCUGCUUCCCCCGCCCCCAGCACCUCGACAUCUCCGUAAACUCGCGCGAGUAUGGUCCCACAGCCGGCAUCAAGCCCCUCCGCGAAGCCGUCGCCAACCUCUACAACGAGAUGCACCGCCAAGGCAAAGAAUCCAAGUACACAUGGGAGAACGUAUGCAUCGUUCCCGGCGGCCGCGCUGGUCUUAUCCGCAUCGCCGCCGUCCUCAACAACGCCUACGUCGGCUUCUUCAUUCCCGACUAUACAGCCUACAACGAGAUGUUGUCUCUCUUCAAGAACUUCGCCGCCAUUCCCGUGCCUUUGUCUGAGGAAGACGGCUACCACAUCCACCCCGAGAAGAUCGCCGAGGAAAUCGCCCGCGGCACUUCCGUCAUCAUCACCUCCAACCCGCGCAACCCCACCGGCCGCGUCGUCGCCAAUCCGGAACUGGGCGAGAUCCAAGACCUCUGCCGCGAGCGUGCCACUUUGGUCAGCGACGAGUUCUACUCCGGCUACAACUACACCUCCAACUGCGACGGCACGACCAUUUCCGCCGCCGAGAACAUCAAGGACGUCGACGUAGAUGACGUCCUCAUCAUCGACGGCCUGACCAAGCGCUUCCGCCUGCCCGGCUGGCGCGUAGCUUGGAUCUUGGGUCCCAAGGAGUUUAUCCAGGCCAUUGGCAGCUGUGGCUCCUACCUCGAUGGCGGCACCAACGUUCCUUUCCAGGAGGCGGCCAUCCCUAUGCUCGAGCCUACUUUGGUAAAGGCCGAGAUGAAGGCUCUGCAGCGCCACUUCAUGGAUAAGCGCGAUUUCGUCGUCGGCCGCCUUCGCGAAAUCGGUUUCAGCAUCAAGCUCGUGCCCGACUCGACUUUCUACCUCUGGCUCAACCUGGAGUGGCUGCCCAACCCGAUUUCCGACGGUCUCAACUUCUUCCAGGCCUGCUUGGAGGAGAAGGUCAUCGUCGUGCCCGGUAUCUUCUUUGACCUGAACCCCAGCAAGCGUCGCGAUUUGUUCGAUUCGCCUUGCCACCACUUUGUGCGCUUGUCGUAUGGUCCUACCCGCGAGGUCCUGGAGCGCGGAUGCGAUGGUAUCGAGCGCGUCGUCCGCAAGUUCCAGGCGCUGGAGGCGGAGGGCGCGUAUGAGGUUCCCCGCGCCCCCAGCCCGAGCAGGACGGAGGGCGAGCAGGAGAGUACGACUGUUCCUAGUGCUGGUGGUGGCGAGAGAGAGAAGGAUGAGACUUUGUAUUUGAUGUAA